AUGGACGACCAAUUCGGAGGCCGCACAGACGACGACCUCUUCUUUGACGACUUUGAGCCCGUUAGCAAUCCCCAGACAGUCGAAACUGUUGUCGCCCCUCAUCCUCCACCCCCUCCUCCCGCAGCUGUCGCGACGCCACCAGUCGAGCCUCCGAAACCCGCAACUGCGCCCGCGCCUCUUGCGCCCAAAUCCGUAGAGCAGCAGCAGCAGCAGCAGAAGCCGCAAAAGCAAGCCCCAGCCAACAAGAAACCGCCAACGGCGCCGAGGGGUGGUCUCGCAAACUCCAGGUUCGCCGACCCGAAGCCAGCCCCUGCUGCCCCGCGCGCCCCUCGUCAGCCAGCCUCCCCGGCCGCCGCCGUUUCGACUCCCUCUCCGAUCGCGACCGCAACCACUCCUAAGCCGCCGACCGGUCCCGCGGCGCAAUACUCAUCUGCUCCCGCUGCUGCACCGACUGCUCCCGCCGCGGAUACCGCUGCUGCCGCCGCCACGGUCGCUACCCAAGACGACGCCGCCUCGCCAAAGAGCAACUCCCCCGCGCCAGCAACAGCACCUCAUGCGCCCCGCGAAAAGAACGCCGCCGCCGCCGCCCCCGGUGCAAACACAGCCCUCAACGCCGAAGCCCGCCUCGGCUCAGGCGCGAACCCGCGCACAAAGCUGAGCGAAUCCCAGCUCGCCGCGAAGAUGGAACAGAUGCGCAUCCUCAACGCCGAAAAGACGCGCAAGUUCGAACAGGCGGAGCAAGACGAGCGCAGUCACGCGGAAGCCUACGCGCGCGGCAUGGAGGAGGCGCGGCAGCGCAAAAAGGUUGACGAGGAGAGGCGGCGGCGCGGCGAGGAGGAGCGCCGGCGCAUGGAUGACGAGAGGGCCAAGAAUCGCGAGAGGAAGCUCAAGGCGAUGAGUAUCAAGGAGGGCGGCUGGGAUGAGGGCAAGGAGGCGCUUGCUGCCGAGGAGGAGAGAAGGGGGUUCCGCGGGGCGAAUGGUGGGGUUCGGGGGACGAGGUCUGCGGGGCUUGCGGGGAGUCGGUUUGCUUCGCGGGAGGAUGAGGCGUCACAGGGUGAUCGGUAUGCCGGUGGUGAGGAGCGUAGGGGUGGAAGGGCCCGUGGUAGAGGUCGUGGCCAAGGGCGGGGUGGGCGCGGCGGUCGGGGCGGGUAUGGGAAUGACCACGAACGGGGGGAUUCAAAUGGUGCUCGCGAAGCCAAGGCACCUGUCGCCCAGGCUCCCGCGGCGGCACCCGUCAUCAGCACCGAGGAGUUCCCUGCCCUGCCUGGCAAGGCUACGGGCGGUGAUAUUUCGCCUCCUGUGUUGUCGCCUCUGGGCAGAUGGGACGACGAGAUGGAGGCAUUUGACGAGAAGCUCAAGAGCGCCGCCGCGCAGUCUUCUUCGUGA